GGUGAGGCUAAUGAGGUGACUGAAUGAACACACAGAGCUUGCUAGCUGUGUUAGCUAACAUGGUGGAAAUAGUGCAGAGUGAGGUUUAGGAAAGGCUUUAUGUGGCAGAUGAGAAACAAUGCAAAGUGCACCUCAACAGAUAUUCCAGAGAACAUGCAAUAAUCUCCUUUCCAGAAAAAUGACAAAUCAUAACAGAAUUGUUGAGGCUCAUCCUUCAAAUAUUGAGACUGCUUCUCACCAUGCCCAUGUUCAAGAAGAAAGUGCAGUGACCAUGGAGUCCACAGUGGAGAGGGCCAAAACUACUGGUGGCAAACUAAUUUCAGGAAUAAUCUUUUUUAACAUUUUUUUUCUGGGCUGUGCUAUUGUUUGCGGCAGUGCUUUUAAGAAUAUCACUAUCACCCCUGUCCAUCGACAAGUGUAUCUAAUCAUACUGUUGCUCCUCACUACGUCAUGGAUGAUCUUUUACAUGGUGCACACCUUCCACAAAGAUCAACACAUGCUUUCAAAAGACAUCCACGCAGCCCCAGUGUGGCUCCGGGCUGGUCUUGUGAUGUUUGGGAUUCUCAGUCUUCUGAUGGAUGUCCUCAAAAUUUCCAACUAUGUGGGCUACAUUGAUUGUGACAGUGAUGCAGCUAUUAAAAUAGCAUCCCCAGUCAUCCAAGCAUUAUUUCUCUUUGUGCAGACUUACUUCUUUUUGACUCAUGCCAAAGACUGUGUACUCUCCAACAAAAAUAUUACUUGGUGUGGUCUCACAAUCACACUCUCAACCAACCUGGUGGUUUGGAUGGAGGCAGUGACGGAAGAAUCUCUUCAUCAAACUGAGCUCCCGAAAUUUUAUGAGAAUUAUUCUGAUAGAAUGUAUAAAGUCUCUUAUGGUGACAAAACAUGCAGGUGCAACCAGUCUUGCAGCAUCUUCAAAGGGGCGUACCACUAUCUCUAUCCCUUCAACAUUGAGUACAGUCUCUUUGCCUCAGCCAUGGCUUAUGUCAUGUGGAAAAACGUUGGCCGUUUGAUUGAAGGCCAGAGCCACCACAAUUUUAAGUUUCAUGCAAAAGAGGUAUGUUUAGGACCUAUAGCAGGAGUCAUUUUGGUUAUGGCUGGCCUUGUCACAUUUGUGUUUUAUGAAGUUGGGACUCAAAUGGAAGACAAUAAAAAAGACACAGGUUUGCAAAUGCACUUCAUAACCAAUGUAGUGAUUGUAUGCUUGAUGUGUGUGUCCACUGCAGUUGGUCUGAUUGUGUACAUCUUGGACCGUAGGGAGCAUGUAUCGGAGAAGAACCCAACUCGCAGUCUAGAUGUAGGACUGUUAGUUGGGUCUUCUUUGGGGCACUUUCUCAUCAGCUACUUCACUAUAGUUGCUGUGGUGUCUACAGGGGUGGCAGACUUUAUUAACAUACUCAACUUAGCCUGGGCUGUUUUGUUGUUGAUCCAAAUUGGACUGCAGAAUUACUUCAUUAUUGAGGGAUUGCACAGGGAACCGUUUCAUAUGGUCCAACAUUCAGUGAUGCCCAACAGUUCUGAUGCAUUUCAAGAAAGCACAGAGCUAAGUGUUGUGGCAGAAAACCAUUGGACCAGUUAUCGACACUCCUCCACUGUAGAUAAACUAAACUGGAAAAGAAGAGUCCUGAAGGAGGUCUGUCUAUUUUUGCUGUUGGCUAAUAUAAUUCUCUGGAUCAUGCCUGCCUUUGGUGCUCGCCCUCAGUUUGAUCAAACCAUUGAAAUCAUCUUCUACAAAUUCACAAUGUGGGCCACAAUUGUAAAUAUAGGACUGCCUUUUGGGAUAUUUUACAGACUGCACUCAGUUGCCAGUCUCUUUGAAGUUUACUUGAUCUCUUAAUGUUUAAAGGGCACGUGCUUUUGUGUUUGAGAAGUAAAAUAUGUACUGCAAUAAAUAUUUUUUGUCACGG